GUACUUAUAUUUGAUAUUUGCGUAUACCACAUACCACUCUUGUUCUGAAGAAUUUAUUCCAAUUUAUUGUUCGAUCAUUUAGAUCCCACAACACUGAAUGAAAUAUCUGUGGAAUAGAAAGCUUUCGGUUAGGAAAUCUCAUAUCAACUGAUAGUCUGCGCACAAGCGUAUACGCUCCAUUCAAUCGAUGAAAUGACUGCUGCUGUAUAUGGUGCAACGUACGGACAUAUGUAUGUAUGUACACGUAAAUACAGCGUGAUACAGCGUCUCAAGAUCUCAUUCGAUCUCAUUUAAGACGAUCUUGAAUAUGCAAGAGCGAAGUAUGACUACCGGCGUCUCAUCUCAGCGGUAAUACAGAGAUUUCUUGUAAGUUGUAGCAGUAAUUUGGAGACCGCUAUCAUGUUUAGUCAUUUUAUCCAUAAAUUUGACAAGCAUCGCUAAAGAAAAUUAUCUACUACGGCGAGAGUAGAUUAAACUCUAUAGGUAGACUUUCCAACAUGAUCUAUUUGUCUGAACUCCGAAUAACCAAAUUGUAUUUUAUUUCAUCGGAGUGGAUCCGAUGUGACAUAAAUUUGCUCUGUAAUUGAGCAAACCAAAGUUUAGAGUGCUUGUACCGAAAGAGUAAGGCUGAUCAAACGCCGACGCCUGGAGCCUUGUUUUCUGAUAUCUUCGAAGGGCCAUGUUUUAAUAAAAAUUAGCGAAAAUUCAAUGGAAGUUCUAUAGCUGUUGACCAUAUGAAAAGGAGACGAUUUGCAACACUUUCAAAAUUCCCUUUCGAUUGCUCGGAUUAACUCACUCUCCGAAAGAUUUUCAACACUGUGCAGCGUGUUAAUUCGGCUCGAAUACGGUAUCGCUGAAAGGAGAUGAUCCCAAAAAUUUCGUCGAAUGCUUUCGGAUCACUUGUGAUGUUAAAUCAUGUGCAAGUCACAUCGAGCUAUCGCUUGUAUAUUAUAUCGGGGUUAUCAAUUGCUUCGUAAUGCAUUUUGAAGAAUUCGAGACUUAAGUAUUUGGUAGUUUAUAAUAACAGAUUGGAAAUACAAGGAUACUGGGUCAAUGUACAAAGAAUGAAUGUAAAACUGAAAUAGUUAUAAACAAAAUACAAUCGUAGUAAAAGAAUUUGUAAAAAUUAUGAUAGAUUGACAAUAAUAACUUAUAUUGAUUUUGUUUGUCGGGUACAUUGACUCUGGUUCUCGAAUAUUCUUCAAUUGUCAGCCCUGGGUAUACGCAUUUGGGGAGGGAGGUAUAUGUAGUUCAACCAAUGGAGGAGCGACCUUCCGUUGCCUCGGCGAUAGUGCCACAAGCCUCUGACGUCAAAGCGUACUUCUAGUGACGUCAGAGAACGCGCUACGUGAACGGGCAAGUGUGUUUACGGAAAAAUUGAACUUGAACCUGCCCGUGAACUUGAAUUUGCAGUGCGGUUUAGUGCUCGAAUCGUUGCUGAUCGAAUGGGUGGUCGGGAUAAUCAGCAGUGGCAACGAUACCGCCAAUUCUCUUUGUCAAACGCGGCCGACAGCCAAAAGUCAUGAAAUGCUAUGACGACGUAACAAGAUCUAAAUUUAAACGCUUCAUCGAUCGGGUGCACGUCAAGAUGCACGGCGAAGCGUUAAACCUGCGAAGGAACAACAGUCGGGGCUGUGCUGGGGACUAAUCGUAGAUUACUGGUACAUGAACUUUUAACGCGUUCCGCUGCGCUCAUCUCGGAUAUUCCGUGGACUUCGUACAAAUGGAGCCAUAUAUCGUCCGAUCGAUCGGGAUGGUUAACAUUCGCUGGCGGAAAUUUUUGCAUUGGCGAUUCUCGAGUGAUUAUCGUUUUUUUCGCUAAUUCUCGUGUCAAUUACGAUAUUUUGGACAACAAAGGGAGAAGGUGGAAUGGAAGGGCGAAGGGGAAAGGGAGAAGAAGUGUGGGCACGUGAAGAGGUCAAGGUGACAAGUAGGAGGGGGGGAUCAUAUUGCGAAGGUCGCCAGCAGCACCGGCGCACCACUGACCUUUAAAAUCUGCGUAUUGCUCGUUCCUGCCACAGUUUGAUUUUGAGGCUUUUAGAAAUCAGUUUGCUUCACACACACGCAAUCUAAUCAGAUCCGCCAACGAGUUUCAAGGGAAAGAUAAAGGAAAUUCGACGCAGCACGUGCAACCUAUGACAAGAAGUACAUCGAAGAAGAGUAUCAACAUAUGCGCGGUGAGACGACAACUGUACAGUGAAAAGCAAAGUGCGGGCAAGAACAGAAAAGAAAGUGGGAAAUUAGAAGAUUAGUUAAGGAACUAUUGUGAGCAAAAUAGAGGCAUUUAGAGCUCUCUUAAGAGGAGUGUGUGGGUGCGUUCAAGAUAACGACAAUGAAAAUAGAAAGUUCCCCUCAAACAGACAAUCCUCAGUUAGGUUUUGCACGAAUGUAUCCACUAAGGUGCCUCAACGUAUGGCAGCAAAGACCCAGAAUGCUACCCAAGAUGAAAAUAAGAUGACGGAGCCUUAUAAAUUUGAUGACAGUCUAGAAUUUGCAGAGGUGGCUGCAUCAACAUCGACAGCUUCGUCAUUUAAAUUGAAAAUGUGGCGCAGAGAGCCCGAAAUUACUUGGACGGUAGUCCAAGAUGCGACUACCAUGACCGAUUCUGACGACUUCGAAGAAUUGGAAAUCUUACAGAUGACAGUCGCAUCAACGUCAGCCGCAAGCCAUCUGUUGCACAAAGAAAUCCAAGAUGCUGUCCAAGAGGAUGAGAUGAUCAAACCCAAUGGACACGAUGACAGUAGAGCCGAUCGUAGACAGUCGAUCGUAGAGCCAGCAACUCCAUCAGAGCUAGCAGUUCCAUCAACAUCAACAUCAACAUCAACGGCAAGCCAUUCGACUUCGUAUCAAUCUCUUCUUCUACAAAAAAAGUCAUUGAAAUUUGAGAUAGAUAACAUAGGAAAAGUUAUGUCUUGUUGUGCAACUGCUGUCAAACGCUGGUUAUCUGUUAUAGAUGAUAAACCAUUCCCAGAGAAAGAAUACCUACAGGAAUAUAUGGAAGGAACGGAUAAACUACACGAAUUACAAUGCAAAGAAAUGGAACUUGAAGAUAAACAAGAAAAAAUACUGGAAAUGGAAAAAUUAAAAAAAUUAAAAAGAACGGGUAAAGAAACUAAAAAAAGUUCUACUAUACUACUGGUACACCUCCCAAACAAUCAACAUACCACUGUAAAAAUAACGAAAGGGCUUACUUUAAGGCAAGCAGUGGCCAAACCUAUGCAACGUCGGCAAUUAAUUCUGGAAGACUGUGCAGCUUACAUUAGACAUCGCAUAACAUAUUUUAUCUCUUGGGAUACGGAUAUUUCAACUUUGCAAUGCAAUGAAGUAUUUGUGGAAACUUUAGAACAAAUUCCUGUUCCAGUUUUCUUAUCACAUCAUUUCGUGGGUAAUACAUUUUUAUUAGGCUACUGUCAUUUUUGCGAAAAAGGUGUCCUGUAUGGAUUGUAUUGCAAAGCGUGCAAUAGAAAAUUUCAUACAAAAUGUGUAACUUAUGCGUCAAGACUCUGUGAACAUGUAAAAAGGCGAAAAGCUUAUUAUGAAAGAUUAUUAGCUAAUAAUCCAACUACAGGAAUUGUCCAAGUUCGUGCGAGACCAGUACCCGUACCUUCAGUCUCUCGGAGAGAUAUUUCCAGAAGAAUAGGAACUUUUUCGACUAAAUCGAAUGCUCUUAAAGUGGAUAAGAGCACCCAAGUCAUAACAAAAAAGCGAAAUGCAAAAUAUGGAAGAUACGGCCGACAGAGAAGACACAAGAAGAAAUCAACUAAUCAAGAUAAUCCAUGUGUCGAUGAUGCAGGAUCCAAUGAUUCCGAGGAAGAUAGUAUCUUCAGUCAAGAUUCUGUAAGAGAUUGGAAAGUUAUGGCUGAAGAUGUUUCGUUCGAGGAUGAAAUUGGGGAGGGAACUUAUGGAACAGUUUAUAAGGCUGACUGGCAUGGACCUGUAGCAAUAAAAAAACUCAAAAUUAAGGUUCCCACACAGGAGCAGAUAGAAAUGUUCAGAAAUGAAGUGAAUGUUUUACGUAAAGUUCGGCAUCAACGUAUAUUGUCAUUUAUGGGUUGUAUUUGCAAGCCUUAUCUUGCGAUUAUUACACAAUUGUGCGAGGGACAAUCUCUGUACCAGCGCUUGCACGUGGAAGAAGACCCAAUUGAGAUGAUUACAAUUGUAAUUAUUUGCAGACAAACGUCAGAAGGUAUGGACUAUUUACAUGCGCGAAACAUCCUUCAUCGGGAUUUGAAGAGUCGCAAUAUAUUUUUUCACAAUGGGCUUCAUGUGAAGAUCGGUGACUUUGGACUCGCAGUGAUGAGAAGUAAUAAGAAGCAGCCGGACACAAAUGACGACGUCGACGACGACGAUCAUAAUGACGACGACAGCACUAAAGGGGUUAAAAAGAAAGAAAAGGAUAUAAAGGAUCACGAAAAACAGCUAGCUGGUUCCAUUCCUUGGAUGGCUCCUGAAGUCCUGAGAAUGAGAGAGAAUGAAAAUCCCUAUAGUUUUCAAAGUGAUGUUUAUUCAUUUGGUAUAGUGAUGUAUGAAUUAUUUGCCCGUGACAUACCGUAUGUCGGCAUAGGGGCCCAGAUACAAUGUAUUAUAUAUAACGUAGGACGUGGCUGCUUGUCACCCAAUUUGACUAAACUGCGUUCCGAUACACCUAAAAAACUCAAAGACCUUUUAAUACAGUGCAUCGCGUUUGAGAGAGAAAAACGACCGUUGUUUCCCUGCAUCUUGAGGCGAACGUAUGCUGCUUUCAAAUUUACACCGAAGAUAAGAAGAACAACUUCCUUACCAAGUAAGACCGACGAGUUGGCAGAUACUUAUAUUGAGAGAGCUGAUGAUGUUCAAGACUUUCUCACAUCUGACGCUGACGAUUACAAAGACGAUGACGUUAACAUUAAUGCAAAUACAAACGCUAGCGCUAGUGUUGAAGAUGUCUUCAAUGACUUUUAAGAUUGACAACAAACAGUGGACUAGCUAGAAUUGGAACAAGAAUUGUGACAUGUUUCUUACCUUAAUCGUAAAUAAUAUGUUUACAGUGGGGAACAAAAAUAUCGAGUUAAGAUGUAAUGAGCGGAACUGCACAUACACCAAGCUUUUCCCUUUACCUAGUCUCGGUCCCUUCAGCGAUUUGGUCAGUUGGUCGACCGCUAGGGGAAAGAGAGAAUUUAAACGAGUGCAAUUUAAACUCACUAUCAGAGAAGGGUAACUUUUUGCUCCAAUAGUGCGAGUCCUACUGCGUCUUCUCCUUUAGUGAUAGGUCGAUUAGGAAAGGGAGAAACUCAGUGUAAAUACAGUUCAAUCUCACUAUCUCAGAGUCAGAAAGAGAAGGUAAGCUUAUCAGAGAUUCCUUUCUCUUUCUACAGCAGGUAUAUGUGAAUGGGAGCAUUCAGUGCAAAAAGCAACUUAGUGAGCUUAGUGAGAUUCUCUAAUAUGAUUGGUUUAUACGUAUAGAUCCAACGAGGAACCAAAGGCAAGAACUAAUAUUAAAGAAUCACUGAGCGCUUACUAUGAGCUGUUUUUUCUGCUGAAUGCACCCAUUGAAAUGCGCAGUCUGUUCUUCUUAUAGGUUUAGUUACACAGUUUGCUAAUAAACGCAUUUUUUAAGAGAAAAAGUCCGUAAAGAAAUAAUCUUUGUAAAAAAGGAGUAUAUAUGUUAUGUAUCUGUAUAUAAUAUGUGAUGUAGCGUCUAUUGAUUUUAUAAGCUUUAUGAACAGGGAUCUGGAUCGAACCGCAUCUUAAAUCAAUUACCAUAUUUAUAAAUUGUUUUUUUUUGCUGAAUUUAUUCGUGUAACUUAUAAACAUUCAUUGAUUCUGAUUAUUUCCAAAUUUGUUAUUCAGUGUUCGGUAUCUUUUAAUUAAAUUACUGAUUCGUCUUAUAUUAGUCCACGAUAAAUUGAAAAUCGAGUUGGUGUUAUAUUUAAUUUAUCCAAAAACGGCUGUAUAAACAUUUAUAUCAAUAAUAAGUGAAACUUGACCAAUAUAUGAAUACUACAAGUAAAUAGAGAGACGUGUGCCAUUUUUGACAUGUAUAAAAUACAUAGUAAUCGAAUUGAAAUAUUUCGAUCUAGAUCUCUGCUUAGGAAUAAUGUAAAACUGUAAGUUACAAGAAAGAAACGACAUUGUAAGUCGUGUUGGCCGUUAACUUAUCUACGAGAUAUUUUUCCAAGGGCCAAAGUGAUUUUUAUAUAUCUACUUUCAUUUUAUCUCAAAUAUAUACUCACAUUUCAUUCUUCUUUCAUUUCUCAAGGGUGUGUAGUAUACAUAUUCAUUGGCAAGCAGAGCAGUUUGAUCUGGUAAUAUUAGUACAACGAUUAGUGUUCCGGCCGGUGUUCUGUUCUGCUUUCCGAAUAUGAAUGGCCUAAGAUACCUAUAUUUGUUGUGAGUAGCAAGUGUAUUAGAAUGUAUGUAUUAAAAUUUAAUAAGAUGAUUAAUUAUAUGUAUUUCGUAAAACUU